AUGAGUUUGAAUGUUCAAGGUUAAAGAAAACCAAACUAAGUUAAUAGUCCUAGUAAUAUUAAAAAGCCAAUGAUAUCUUCAUUGAUUUUUAAUUGUAGAGCUCCUAUAAAUAUUCCAAACAGUUCAUAAGUAUCACCUUAAAAUUCUGAACAAAAUCUCUUAAAACCAAUACAUUCUCAUAAAGGAUCAUAAGUAGAUGUAACUAAUUUAACAAAAUUAAUAAAAUAAAAUAAAUCUCCUACUAUUGAAGCAUUUGAUUCAUAAAAUACUUAAUUUUCAAGUUCAUAAUAAUUAUAAGCAUUAUUUGCAAAAGCUAAAGAAAUAACUUAGAAUAAAUAAAAACCAUAAAUUGUAAAAUAAUAGGUUCAAUAAAUUCAAACAUAAUCAAUAAAUUAAUUGAAAGAACUAUUUAAUGAUAAUUUAUAUUGUAGAAACACUUUUCAUUUUCAUUUUGUAGUUGGAAUAGGAGGAUUUGGGAAAGUUUGGAAGGUAGAACAUAAAAAAACAGCAUAAAUCUAUGCUAUGAAAGAAAUGUCAAAGGCAUUGUAUAUGUUGUUUCUUAAUAUAGAAUUAUCACAAAAAAAAGUGUAAAUUCAGUUAUGAAUGAGAGAAUCUUAUUAAGUUAAUUAAAGCAUCCUUUUUUAGUUAAUAUGAAUUAUGCUUAUUAAGAUAGAGAAACUCUAUACUUAAUUAUGGAUUAUAUGUCAGGAGGAGAUUUGAGAUAUCAUAUAGGAAGGAUGAGAAAGUUUAAUGAAGAAUAAACCAGUAUAUAAUAUUAAAUAGAUUUUUUGAGGGUUCUUUGUAGCCUGUAUCUUUUUAAGUUUAGAAUAUGUUCAUGACAGUAAAAUAAUACAUAGAGAUAUCAAACCUGAAAAUUUAGUGUUGGAUAACAAAGGAUAUGUUCAUUUAACUGAUUUUGGAAUUGCUAGAAUUAUGAAGCUUGAAAACUCAAGUGAUACUAGUGGUACUCCAGGAUAUAUGGGUAUAUAUAUAUAUUUAUGAAUCAUUCAUUCAGCUCCGGAAGUAAUGUAUAGAUAAAAUCAUACGUACGCUGCAGAUUAUUAUGCUUUAGGAGUGAUCGCUUAUGAAUUUAUGUUAGGCAGAGUAAUUAUUAAUUCGCUUUUAGAGACCUUAUGUAGGAAGGUCAAGACAAGAAAUUAGAGAUUAAAUCAUGGCUAAAUAAGUUUAAAUUAAAAAAUCUGAAAUACCUGAUAAUUGGUCUCUGGAAGGAGCUGAUUUUAUCAAUAGAGUAUUAUAUUUAUUAGAAACUUUUGUAGCUUUUAUAAAGAAAACCUUAAUAACGAUUAGGUUUUAAUGGAAGCCAAGAAAUACGCUAACAUCCUUGGUUUCUAAAUUUUCCUUGGUAAAAACUAUCAAACUUCGAACUUGUACCACCAUUUUUACCAAAUGUAUGUUACUUUCAUAAAAUUAGAGGACUGAAGAUAAUUUUGACUAAAAGUAGAUUCUCAUUGAAGAUGAAGAAAAUAAUGAACUUAUAUAAUAAAAUCUACUCGUUUUAAAAGAUCCAACAACCCAAGGUAUUAUUAUUAAAAUCAUCAUAAAAGAUCUAUUUUAGGGAUAUGAAUUUAAUGUUAAUCAAAACCAAAAUAAGAUUUCAUCAACUACUGAUUAAUCAUCAAGUUCAUCAUCUAAACAUAGUAGAAAUUUUAGCCAAUAAAUUGAAAAAUAACAAUAUUUUGAGAAUGGUAACAAGUGAUUCUAUUGAUACCAUUCAUAUAAUAAAAAUGCUGUUUUAUUUUAUUUUGAGAUAACA